AUGACGCGUAGGAGGCUGACUGCAGAGGAGGUAAGGGACAUGAUAGAUUUAGAUGAUGAUGAGGACGAUAUUGACUCUGACUAUCGUCAUGAAAGUGACUUUGAAAGUGAAUCUGAGCCAGAUUUAGCUGCCAAUGCAGGUAGUAGUGAUUCUGACGAUCCUGUAGUACAUAAUGCACAGCCUCCACAGCCUGCUCAAAAUAGGGGCCGUCUCAGAGGUCGUCGAGGUGGGGGUCGUCCCAGAGGUGCUGCCAAUAGGGGGAACCGUGCUGCAGCUCCUCGUUAUUUGUGGAUUGAUGAUAAUACAGGGUUUGUUGAUGAUGAUUUUAGUCCAAAUGAAGCUUGUGGGCCUAAGAACAUUCCUGAUAAUGUCACUGAUGAUCAAAGUUCUUUUCUGGACUGGUUUUCAUUACUUUGGCCCCCAGAACUGUGGCAACUUUUGGUGGAUGAAACUAAUCGUCAGGCUAACCGUGUGAAGGCAACAAAGCCUGACCAUUACUAUGCAAAGUCAUAUUACCCUGUCACCCUGGAAGAAAUGAAGGCUUUCUUUGGUUGCAGGGUUGUUAUUGAGAUGUUGGUGCAUAAGACAAGGUAUGAACAUUAUUGGCGGCAGAAGGACAAUGAUCUAACAAUCACCCCAGGUUUCAACAGGAUCUUCACACGUGAUCGAUUUCUUGCAAUUUGGUCAUUCCUUCACUGUGUAAAUGAGGAUGAUCCUGAAUUAGAUAAGACUGACAAGAUUUAUAAGACAAGGCCUAUCUUCAAUAUAGUGCUUGAAAAGUUCCAACACUACUACAAACCAGAGCAGGAUCUUUCGCUGGAUGAAGGGAUGAUUCCCACCAAGAAUUCGUUGUCGAUUAGACAGUACAUAAAAGAUAAGCCAGUCAGGUGGGGAAUAAAGUCAUUCUUGGUCUGUGACAGUGAGAAUGGAUACAUUUGUAAUGCUGAAAUCUACACUGGAGCCCGUGAUGAUGCAAAUGCUAUUGACAAUUUGGGGGUUACAGGAAAUCUUGUUGUCCGUCUCCUUUGGCCAUUCACUGACCAGAACUACAGGGUUUAUUGUGACAGGUACUAUUCAGGGAUAGAACUUGCUCAAUACUUGAAAAGGCAGUGUGGGAUAGGGUAUGUGGGAACCAUACAAACAAACAGGGCAGGCUUUCCAAAGGAUAUUAUCAAGAAAAAAAAUCAAAUGGCCCGAGGAGAAUCAAUCAUGAAGAACAAUGGUGAGGUUGCUUGCAUCACAUGGCGGGAUAGCAGGCCCAUUUACUUUCUAACAUCACAGUUCAUUAGUGACCCUCCUGAGCAUGUUCAAAGGUAUGAUGCAAGAGAGCAUAGGAGAGUUGCAGUGCCAAGCCCCAAAGCUGUUGUUAUGUACAAUAAGUAUAUGGGUGGGACGGACAAAAAUGAUCAGAUGACGAGACUUCAUAAAAGCCGUCGCCACUACAAGUGGCCUCGCCGCCUAAUGAUAAAGUUUUUCAUGUGGGCCACCUACAAUACUUAUGUUCUCAUUGGAUUCUAUAGACCACAUCAAAGGGAUGGCAUGAGGACACAAACAUUUCUGCAGUUUGUUGAGAAGUUAUGCAACCUUCUUGUGGGAGACUUUGUUCGUCCCGUCCCUGUUCGGCCAGCACGAGGGAACGAGGAAAGGCGUUUUCAAAACGUUGGACUUCAUGUGGUAGAGAGACCUGCCCAUGCUACUCAGGAUAAUAGGUGUGUUGUGUGUAGUGAGAAGCACAGAAGGGCUAGACUCCAAAGUCCAAAUAGGGCAUACAAGGACUUGCCUCCAAGGAGAAAGACUGUCUUUUGGUGUUCAUACUGUGAAAAAUUCUUGUGCAUCGGAACUGGAAAUCAGAACUGUUGGAAAGACUGGCACUCAAAGGUGCAAUACUGGAGGUAA